GUGGUUGCGAAGAAGUUGAAAAUGGGACACACAGGGGAGUUCUUCAAGAGGAGGGACAAGUGGAGGAAGCAUCCGUUAUUGACCAGCAAUCUCCGUCAAGCCACUCCUGGUUUGGGCAUCGCUCUUGUUGCUUUUGGCAUCUACCUUGUUGGUGAACAAGUUUACUACAGAGUCAUCGCUCCUUCUCCUUCUCAUUCCCAGCACCACCACAAGUCUUCUUCUGCUUCAUCUUCUCAUUGAUGUGAG